AUGUAUUCUUUUUCUCUAUUUGCAUUAUUUCUUAUUAUCCUUAAUGUUAUUUUAUUUAUUAUUAGAUCAUUAAUUAUAUUUAAAAAUAAUAUAAACCGUGAAAAAAAUUCUCCUUUUGAAUGUGGUUUUGACCCUUCAUGAUAUACUCGAUCUCCUUUUUCCAUGCGUUUUUUUUUAUUAGCAGUAAUUUUUCUAAUCUUUGACGUAGAAAUCAUUUUAUUAAUACCAAUAAUUAUUAACCUCUUAUUUUCACCCUCAACUAUUUAUUUAUCAUCCUCUAUAACUUUCCUCAUUAUCCUAAUUAUUGGAUUACUUCAUGAAUGAAAUCAAGGAUCCUUAAAUUGAAUAU